CUCUUUCUCCCGCGGGAGCUAAUUUGUCUUUCAGUCUCUCACUAUGUCUUCCUACUGGUUAAGAUCGAGAAACAUUCUAAAUGGAUUCAAAUCAAAGAUUAGCUCUGGAUUCUGCACGAUUGAUCAUACUUUUGCCUCUUUAUCAACCGAUCAAAUUCAUCGAUAUCAUCGUAAAGCCGAUCAGAUUUCAAACAAGGUUCCGAAGAUCUACUUCCCUUCCAACCGCUUCAAAUCGACCAAAUCCGCCAAUGCGAAUCAGGUCCUUGAUUUUCCGGGAGGAAAGGUAAACUUUACAUCCGAAAUGAAAUUCAUACCGGAAUCUUCUUCGGAAAGAAUAUGCUGUUACAGGAUCCUUGAUGACAAUGGUAGGCUUAUGAAUGGUGAAUUUAUCCAGAUCAGCCAGGAAUUUGCUGUUAAAAUGUAUAUUAACAUGGUGACUCUUCAAGUUAUGGAUACUGUAUUCUAUGAAGCACAAAGACAAGGGAGAAUAUCCUUUUACGCCACAUCAAUUGGCGAAGAAGCGAUUAAUAUUGCUUCUGCUGCUGCUCUUAAUAACGAUGAUAUGAUAUUUCCACAGUACAGAGAGCCGGGAAUUUUGUUGUGGAGAGGAUUCACCCUUGAGGAAUUUGCAAACCAAUGCUGUGGAAAUAUAGCUGAUUAUGGAAAAGGAAGGCAGAUGCCAAUUCAUUACGGUUCUAACAAGCUCAAUUACUUCACUGUAGCAUCGACGAUUGCUACACAGAUCCCUCACGCUGUUGGGGCUGCAUAUUCACUGAAAAUGGACAAAACCGACGCUUGUGCAGUCACGUAUUUUGGGGAUGGUGGGACUAGUGAGGGAGAUUUCCAUGCUGGCUUAAACUUUGCGGCAGUUAUGGAGGCUCCUGUUAUAUUUUUCUGUCGAAACAAUGGGUGGGCAAUCAGCACACCGAUAUCGGAUCAGUUUCGAAGUGAUGGUGUUGUGGUAAGAGGACAAGCUUAUGGAGUAAGAAGUAUUCGGGUAGAUGGAAACGAUGCUCUAGCUGUGUUUACUGCAGUUCAAGCAGCACGAGAAAUGGCUAUCAAGGAGAAGAGACCCGUCUUGAUUGAAGCACUCACAUAUAGAGUGGGUCAUCAUUCAACUUCUGAUGAUUCGACGAAAUAUCGUCAGGUGGAUGAAAUUGAAUGGUGGAGAGUGGCGGGAAGCCCUGUAGGUAGAUUCAAGAAGUGGAUCCAAGGCAAUGGGUGGUGGAGCGAUGAAGACGAAUCAGAGCUACAAACGAAAGUGAGAAACCAGCUUGUCCAAGCUUUGCAAGUGGCUGAAAAGAUGGAGAAACCAGAGAUUAAACAUCUUUUUACAGACGUUUACGAUGAGCCCCCUUCCAACCUUCGAGAGCAAGAGCGGUCACUUAGAGAGACCAUCAAACGACACCCCAAAGACUACCACCAUUAG